AUGAAUAUUCCAGGAUACGACGCGCUGGUGUACUACACCGCACCACCAAACAACCAUCUUGGCACCAUACUCUUUCUCUCAUACAUUGUCGCUGCAUUGUAUGCCACCUUCACAAUCACCUGGUCUCUCUAUUCUCAGUAUGCCACCAUAUUCAACGGACCCACCUCGAAGAAAGAUGAAAAACUCGAUGCAGCCCGAACAGCGCGGGCCCGUCACAUCAAAAUCUAUGCCUUUCUAGCCUCCUUGAGCUUCGCAACCCUAUCCUAUAAUAUGCUCAUGUUUUUAAUCACACACUUCCUAGAAUGGAGCGCAAGGAGCCAGAAUCCGAGUCAUGUCACAAUAGAGCAGUUGAAGAGAUGGAUGUUGGAGUCGACGCUAUUCCAGGAUUUCGCGCAGGAUUUGGUCAAGAAUGCGCCCAAUGCGGCGUGGACUGAAGCUGCUAUUCUCGCAACAUGGUUCUGGAACAUCCACAUGGCUCAGAAAGCGAGAGAACGCAAAUACGACGCAUCAAUGGUGCGCAAUUACACCUUGCUGAGCCAGAUUCUCCCCAUAUCCUUCACAGUCUUGCUUUUCAUCAUUCAACUUCACCUUUCAUCUCCGGACAUUGCACCGACAGAAACUUCAAAAGAGCCCGCUAAGCCCAAGUCUGUGCCAAGACGCCGCAGCCCGAUAGCAUCGUUGCAGAUACCUAAUAUCUUGCUCAAUACCUCCCUCCUGGCUCUCCCAGCCCUUCGAUCAAACUCAAUAUUCAUGGUUCUUCUACUGCUCACACGAGCAAUACUGCUUCUACCCCACUCCGCUAUAAUGAGUCUUAGAGAUGCGGAUGUAGUCAAGUGCAUCACCGUCUCUGGUGGAUUUGCAGUUGCCAGUGUAGCAACAAUGAGAAAGGAGUUAAGUUAUGGUGGGGUCUUGGGGUCGCUUGGAGAUGGUGGCUAUGCCAUCAAAGCCUUAGCAUGGGAUGCACUGCUUGGCUUGGUAGCCUAUGCAGUACUAGGAUGGGGAGGCGGCGUUUGA